AUGCCUUCCCAAAAUGAUAUCACUAUCCCCUUAAAAAUCCUAGACAAUCCUUUAAAUAAUGCUAGUAAGCAGGUCCAGGCUGACUUCAGUGACUACAGCAUUAGUCCUAAGUCUAUAGGCUAGCCGCAAUUUAUUACAAUGAUUAAAAAGCAACAGAAAUAACUUUAAAUAGAUGCUGCUAAUGAUUAUUAGUUCUAAUAUAGCAAAUAAGCUGCUUUUGAAAAACAAAAUCAGAGCAGUUUUAAGACCAGGAAUGGAAAAUUAAACUCUAUUUCAUAGGUUAGAAAUGCUCUACAGCUCCCACAUAUAAAAAGCUAAAAGAUAUUGUCAAUUGAACUAAUAAAUGAAAAUGAUUAGAAGCAAAGCUUAUUCUCAGGCUCGUAGUAGCAGGUCUAGGGAGGAACUCUUCCUAACAUCAAGCAAUAAUCAAUCUUAAGACUUUAAUCAAAAAGUAAAAAGAUAUUGGUUAACGAAGGCAAUUAAUUGAGUCAAUAGCAUGCUAAUGAAAUUAGAAACAGAUGCAGAUUUGCUCAUCCUACACUUACAACUAGGCAAAAUAUUAUAAAAAAGCUGAGGAUUUUUAAUUUGGAAAGACUAAAGGAAUUGGAUGAGCUAGAUAAAAUGAUUCAUGUAAUUGAUGAUAACUCAUCUCCUGUCAAAAACGAUUCAAAUCGAUUAGAUGUAAACAAAUAAUUUUGUAAGCAUCACAGAAACCCCUCAACAUAAAAUAUUAAGGAAGAGAAAGUAGUACCAACCUUGAUAGAAGUUGAGAAUUUGCAGAAUAAACUAGAGUAAGCUAUUAACAAUUUGAGAAACAAAGAUGUACAUGAAUUUAAUACUGCCAAACAACAAGGAAAUUAGCAACAAUAGACGAUUGAUCCUGCAAACGAUAUCAAGAAGCUAAAGGACACCCUAGAAUUGUUCAAGUCAAGAUCAGAGUUCUUUAAAACUCAAAUGAAAUUUGUUUUGGAAGAUCAACAGAAACAACCUCCCUAGAUUAAAAACUAGCAUUCUUCGUUCUUUAGCAAGUAUAAUAAAAAUCAGAACAGCAUUCUAAAACAUUAAGAUUUCAACUCAUUCAAUAGUCAAUUAAAUUUUGGGGGUCUAGAGUAAAACAGUCUGAUCUUGUAAUCAUUGAACAAUCUCUCAAAAAACUAGUUAUUUCAAAACACAGAUGCCUAAACUUUAAAAUCUAUCCUAGAGGAUGAUCCUAAUUUGAUGAUAGUCUCGAAAAUGAUAGAAAAUACUCAGAGCAAGCAGAAAUACAUACCUAAAUACAGUUAGAUAAUCGAGAUUGCUGAUUAUCAAAAUGUUCAUAAGUUGAUAAACAACCCUUUCAUGGAGAUGUCUGAUAUAAAAUGUGAAUUUAACUUAAUUAUGAAAGAGUAUAAGUAACAAGGAAUUCAUGAAGUAGAACUAGGCAAAGUAUAAAAUUCUAUGAGGCUUUAAGAUGGCAAAGAUGUCAAGGCUAGAAUUGCUUCAUUUAAGCUUACCGGAGUUAAGCUAGACUCCAGUGGUAAAUAUCAUGCUAAAAUGAUUGAUUAUUUACCAUUCAGGUUUCUCCCGUUUGUGUUCUUUUUAAGAGAAGACUAAGCCUAUGAAGUUUUGGCUUAAAUUAUUGAAUGUGAUGACAUUUCAAUUGGCUUUAACACAGCUAGGUUAUAAGAAGUCUUAAGAGGACAUUGUCCGGCUGAAAAGAGAUAGGAAGUUGGGAAGUUUUACAUGAAGAGUCAUUUCAUGGGUGUAGAUGGCAAAAGUGUCUACAAUGUAAAAAUAAAGUAAAUCUUUUAUAGCAACUAAUUGAAUAUAGGAUGCCUAUGA